GUCGAACAGCGCUACAUUUCUCACUCUUUUAUAUCAACUUAUGUAGCUUUCAUUGAGGAUAUUUGGUUAAACUGACAUUACUGACUUUUCCAUUUUCGAGAAAAAGCACAGACUUGUAGUGCAUGUGGGUCCACACUGUGGCGCUGAAACCUCCCUUAAAUCAGUUGUGCAAGUGUUGCGCGGAGCGCUACUGUGGAACUUGGAGAGCUCACUAAAUCUCACAGCAAAUCCCUUUAGCUGCCAGUUGACAUGGCUUGACUGGUCUCUGUGGGAAGUUUCAGGAAAUGCAACAGGUGGAAGAGCCGAGUGAAUGAACUGUGUACUACUCUCUCGUUAGCGUCCCAGGCUAACUGCUGCAUAUACUUGAAGAAGGUGUCUGUGGGCGUCGGACAGGGAAACAACUGCGCAGUUCUUCUCACGGUCAGGUGGCACCAUGGAUGACAACAGCCCCAAUGUUUCCAAUGUAAAGGUCGCUGUUCGCGUGCGACCAAUGAACAGAAGAGAAAGAGACCUAAAGACAAAAUGUGUGGUGGAGAUGGAGGGGAACCAGACAGUUCUGCAUCCAGCUAUCACCAGUAUGAACAAAGGAGACCCCCGGAGUCAACCAAAGGUUUUUGCCUACGACUACUGCUUCUGGUCGAUGGAAGAAUCCCAAAAAGACAAGUUUGCAGGGCAGGAUGUAGUGUUUCAGUGCCUUGGGGAGAGUCUGCUGGACAAUGCCUUCAUGGGCUACAAUGCCUGCAUCUUUGCUUACGGACAGACAGGCUCUGGGAAGUCGUACACCAUGAUGGGCUCAGCGGAGCAGCCUGGUCUGAUCCCUCGGCUCUGCAGCUCCCUGUUCAACAGGACUGUGAAGGAGGCCCGGGAGGGAGAGAGCUUCACCGUGGAGGUCUCCUACAUGGAGAUUUACAACGAGAAGGUCCGAGACCUGCUCGACCCCAAAGGAAGUCGACAGACACUGAGAGUGAGAGAGCACAACGUUUUGGGGCCUUAUGUUGACGGCCUGUCUCGCCUGGCGGUGGCCAGCUAUAAGGACAUAGAGUCUCUGAUGUCGGAGGGGAAUAAGUCUCGCACAGUGGCCGCCACAAAUAUGAAUGAAGAGAGCAGCAGAUCCCACGCUGUGUUCAACAUCAUCCUCACACACACACUCAAGGACCUACAGUCUGGGACGAGUGGAGAGAAGGUGAGCAAGCUGAGUCUGGUGGAUCUGGCUGGCAGCGAGCGGGCGGCGAAGACUGGAGCGGCGGGGGAACGGCUGAAAGAAGGGAGCAACAUCAACAAGUCUCUCAGCACUCUGGGUUUAGUUAUCUCGGCCUUGGCUGACCAGGGAGCAGGGAAGAACAAGAACAAGUUUGUUCCCUACAGAGACUCUGUGCUCACCUGGCUGCUCAAGGACAGCCUGGGAGGGAACAGCCGAACAGCCAUGGUCGCCACCAUCAGCCCUGCUGCGGACAACUAUGACGAAACGCUGUCCACCCUACGUUACGCCGACAGGGCCAAGAGCAUCGUCAACCACGCCGUCGUCAACGAAGACCCCAACGCCAGGAUCAUCCGAGAGCUCCGAGAGGAAGUGGAGAAACUGAGGGAGCAGCUCACCGAAGCCGAGUCUAUGAAGGCCCCUGAGCUGAAGGAGCGGCUGGAGGAAUCUGAAAAACUUAUCCAAGAAAUGACCGUCACCUGGGAGGAGAAACUCAGGAAGACUGAGGCUGUUGCACAGGAGCGCCAGAGGCAGCUGGAGAGUCUGGGCAUUUCCCUGCAGUCUUCUGGAAUCCGAUUGGUGGACGACAAGUGUUUCCUGGUCAACCUUAACGCUGACCCUGCCCUCAACGAACUGUUGGUCUACUACCUGAAGGAACAUACCCGCGUGGGCUCAGCCAAGUCGCAGGACAUCCAGCUGUGCGGGAUGGCCAUCCAAGCUGAGCACUGCGUUAUCGACAUCACCGCGAACAACGGCGUCGUGCUCAGCCCUCACCGCAACGCGCGAACAUGUGUGAACGGUACUGCAAUCACAAGUCCAGUCCAGCUUCAUCACGGUGACCGAAUCCUGUGGGGGAACAAUCACUUCUUCAGGAUCAGCCUGCCGAAGCAUAUGGUCCCAGCGGGAGGUGAGGACGACAAGUCAGGUGCUGCAAUGAAGACGUGUCUGAGCGCCGACCGGCUGGAGGUGGACUUUGAUGACGUGUCGAGCGAGCUGAGCUUUGGCUAUGAGUUUGCUCAAGCAGAAGUCAUGAUGAAAGGCAUGGGCAACAACGACCCCUUGCAGUCUGUAUUACAGACCCUGGAGAGGCAGCAUGAGAAGGAGAAGCGCAGCGCACUGGAGCGACAGAGGCAGAUGUACGAACUGGAGCUGCAGCAGCUCCGCCGGCAGUUGACUCCUGAGAAACCCUCCCUCCUCUUGGACCCGUCGGGCCUGCUGCCCGGCGCGGCACCUGCUGUAACGUCACCCAGCUCUCACAAACGCAUGCGGCGCUGGAGCGAGGACAGAGAAGCAAUGAUGACUCGCAGCCUGCGGCGUCUGAGAGAGCAGAUAGUUCGGGCCAACCUGCUGGCACAGGAGGCAGGCUUCAUAGCCGAGGAGCUUAACAAGAGGACAGAAUACCUGGUUACUCUGCAGAUACCUGCUGCCAACCUGGACGCCAACAGGAAGCGAGAUGUGGUGUUGAGUGAGCCGUCCAUCCAAGUCCGUCGUAAAGGUAAAGGGAAGCAGAUCUGGGCUCUGGAGAAGAUGGAGAACAGGCUGGUGGACAUGAGGGAGCUCUACCAGGAGUGGAAGGACUUUGAUGAAGACAACUCUGUGAUGCGAUCCUAUUUCAAGCGUGCCGACCCGUUCUUCGAUGAACAGGAGAACCACAGUCUGAUCGGUGUGGCCAACGUUUUCCUGGCCUUCCUCUUCUAUGACGUCAAGCUGCAAUACGCUGUUCCCAUCAUCAACCAGAAGGGAGAGGUGGCUGGCCGGCUGCAUGUGGAGGUGUGGCGGGGUACGGAGAGCUCCGAGGAGGAAAGCCCCGGACGGCCUGACUCUCGGCAGAACGUCACAGACGGAGAUUCACAGGAUCGUAAACUGGACUGUGUGGUGAAAAUCCUUCAGGCCAGUGGUCUGCCUCGCCACCUGUCCAACUUUGUCUUCUGUCAAUACCACUUCUGGGGGCAGCAGGAGAAGGUGUUCAUCGCUCCAGAGGUGGGGUCAUCCAGCUCGUCCUCUGCCUCCAAAGACCCUCAGUGCACUGUGGUCUUCGACAGCACCAAGGAGUUGUCGGUGCCAGUGUCAGAGGACUUUGUGGAAUUUCUGUCCGAAGGGGCGGUGGCCAUCGAAGUGUAUGGCCACAAGCAGGCCAACCACCGCCGGAACCUGGCGCUGUGGGACCUCGGAGUGAUUCAAGCCAAGACCCGUUCCCUCAGAGAACGGUGGAGCGAGGUGACCCGUAGGCUUGAGUUAUGGGUGCAGCUGAUGGAGCUGAACGAGGCCGGAGAGUUCACCGCUGUAGAGGUUCUUCCUGCUAAAGACGUACGCACAGGAGGAAUCUUCCAGCUCCGACAGGGUCAGUCCCGGCGCGUCCAGGUGGAGGUGCGGUCUGUCCCAGAUUCAGGCACCAUGCCCCUCAUCGCCGCCUCCAUCCUCUCUGUGUCCAUCGGCGACAUCAAGGUCCGACAGAUGCGUCCCUUCAAAGGCAGUGAAUCACAAUGGGGUGGGGACGAGGAAAUGGACAGUUAUCAAGAGGUAGACCUGGAGAGGAUGAGGGAACAGUGGCUGGACACUCUCACUCAGAGGCAGGAGUAUCUGGACCAGCAGCUCCAGAAAAUAGUUUGCAAGCCAGAUAAGUCAGAGGACGACGUCGAAAGAGAGUCCCAGCUGCUGGAGUGCCGACUGACGCUCACCGAAGAACGUAACGCCGUUCUGGUGCCAUCGGCUGGCAGCGGCAUCCCAGGAGCUCCAGUGGAGAGGGUUCCUUUACCUGGAAUGGAAACGCACGUCCCUGUCCUGUUCCUGGACCUCAGCGCUGAUGAUUUCCAGUCCAGUCUAUCAGCUCAACUGGCCGGGGGCCUGGAUGCGUUACUCAGUGGGGAGGACGACGACGACUUCUUUGACCUUCAUAUCGUUAAACACCACAAUUCGGAGGUGAAGGUGGAGGCUUCCUGGGACUCAACAGUCCAUGAGUGCCCCCAGCUGAGUCGUGUAACCUCCGCUGACCAGAGGGUGUACCUGACGAUCAUGACCGUGGUUCAGCUGAGCCACCCGGCCCACAUGCAGCUGGUGCUCAGGAAACGCAUCUGCGUCAACGUCACUGGGAGACAGGGUUUUGCUCAGAGCCUGCUGAAGAGGAUGUCUCAGCGCAGCACCAUCCCCGGAUGUGGAGUCACCUUUGAAAUCGUUUCUAACAUCCCAGGGGACAUCCACGGUCCAGAGGACAGGGAGAUGUUGGCCAGGCUGGCUGCCAGCACUGACGACAACCAGUCAGCCGACAGCGAGGCAGCCAUAGAGAAAUACCUGCGCAGUGUCCUGGCUGUGGAGAACAUCCUCACUCUGGACAGACUCAGACAGGAGGUGGCUCUGAGGGAACAACUGGCAGUCAGAGGGAAAGCUCCCAGACGCUGCCUGAGCUCUCCCAACGUCAACAGCCGGCUGUCCGCCAGCAGUCUGGAGCUCUUCUCCUCCACUCAUAAGCUCAAUGACUUAAAGGGCUGGGAGAGCCAUCACGAUCUUACUGUGGUCCCUCCUUCAUCCAGACGCACACUGCCCGGCUCCCUAACUCAGAACCUGAACCCAGAGACAGUGCAUUCAGGCUUUGCUGCGUCUUAUCUCCCUCCAGUGAAGGCUGUACCCAGGCUGCUGCAGUCAGUGUUUCCUGGUGGGAAGGAAGAUAGUAGAGACCAGACAGCUGUCCAUCAGCAGGUUUACUGUCCUGAGCCAGAGAGAGAUAGGAUAGAUGUGUUUGACCUGCUCUCUGAUGGUAGACACUUUGUCCACAGUUUGCCUCGCAUCAUGGUACAGUCAGCCAGUGUUGAAGAGGGUAUGAGCAAACAGCAGCAGCCAGUUCCGAUUGAAGAAAUCAUUCCUCCUGACCUCCAAACAGAGAGCCCCAGAGUAGUGCCAUUUCCACCACCAAUCAUCCAAGAGACGGAGGACUCCACCUCCAGCCCGGUGAGCGAAGCAUCAAGUGGAUACAUCUCGACUAGCAUAUCUACAGCAACACUGUCAGAUGUCUACACACUGAGCUGGGACCUGCCCCCAUCAACCAGCGGCAGAGCUGAAGACUUGGAGGUGGUGCCAUAUGAAGAGGACAAUAAAGUGACUAAUCCUACAUCUGUUCUUAUGGACCAAUCAGAGCCUCAAGUGUCAUUGCUGGUUUUGGAUGACAAGGUAGCUGAAGAGAGCACUGACUUGCCACCAUCCAAACCAAACGAUACUCAAUCAGAUUCAAAUCAGAGUCAGCAAGAACCAAAUCUGCGUCCAUCAGUCGAGUUAAAGGAACAAGGAGAGCCUGAUUUAGUCUCAGAAACAGACACACAAUGCCAGACCAAACAAAAAGAAGACUCAGCAAUUGACCCUAUUAAAGCUGAACAACUAGACAAUGUAGAUCCACUUAAAACUUUGUUGUUAGAACAAGAGAAUGAAACCAAAGGAACAGAAUGUCCACCAACAGACGACUCAAAACCAGAAAACCCUGUAACAGGAGAACUCAAGAUAGCUGCCACAGACAAGACAGAAGCUGAACUGUCACUAAGCUACAAAACACAACCGUCUGGACAACCAGGCCAGUCUGAAACUGUCAUCCCUCUGCCGCCGCAGCCCAAACAAGAACAGUUAACCUGUGCUCAAAACCCAGCUCCAGUUGUGUCUGAAGUCUUGGUUUCAACUCCUGUCUCACCUGGACAUUUGUCUCUUUCCGGUUCAUCCAAGGAACAGGCCGCUUAUGAGGCCACAAACAUAAAUAGCGCCACCAUCCCAACAUCUUCAACCACAGAUUUUCAACAGGAGGCACCCAACAAUGCAUCUGCAGAAGCCACAACAGCUCCAGAUCCUGGUCUGCCAAGUGUUCCGCCAUCCAACCCAGAUGCCUCAAACCCCUUCAAAAUCCAGAAAGUGAAGUCUUCAGAUCUGAAGUCCUUUCAGCGUAUUCUGGGCAAGGAGGAGGAGCUUGGGCAGGUUGACCUGGACAGCAGCCUUAAGGCAGGACUUCACCUCUCUGUGCCGAUGGAAAGCCUGGAAAUUAUCUCUGAUUCUGAGGAGGGAGAUGCUUCUGCUGAUAUAGUUCUGCCUGACUGGUUGAAAGAAGGGGAGUUUGUAACCGUGGGGACCAACAAGAGUGGCACUGUCCGUUAUGUUGGACCCACAGAUUUUGCAAAGGGUACCUGGGUUGGAGUGGAACUGGAGGUACCAGCAGGAAAGAACGACGGUUCAGUGGGUGGCAAGCACUACUUCCACUGUAAUCCUGGUUACGGCGUGCUGGUAAGGCCAGACAGGGUGAGCCGAGGAGGUACUAAGCGCCGUCGACAGCAGCAACAGCAAAAGCGCCGUAGUGCCAACCUGUCCGGAUCCAGCCCGAACCUGGCAGCACUUACCGCUCUGGCCAAAGGUGAAAGUGGCCGUAACAAAGGAGAGAACCGCAAGUCGUGGAACACUUGAGAGGAUGAUUAUCAUCAUUCUUCAUCCAUAAUAGGACUGUAUCCACAUCUAAGGUACUUGUAAUUGAAAUCUACAUAAAAAUAUAGAAUGUUUUAUCAGAAAAUGUGAAUGUAAAUGCUGAUAACCAUUUGUCUAUAAUUUGAUUUUAAAUGGUAGGUAUCUCAUGCUUAUGCAGCUGCAUGUUUGGAUAGACUUUGAAGUAAAUUGCUUCUACCUAUUGGUACUGUUUGAUUGGAUGCUGAUAUUUUAUUCACGUGCCUUGAGAUAUUACAACUACUACUCAGCAAAUGUGCCUUAGUGAUAUACCACCAAAUUCUGUGCUGUUGGCAGGUUGAAAACCUUUCAGUCAGAGCUUAUUUUAGCUCAUGAAUGUUAAUUCCUGCCGUUUCAGAAAAAACUUGCACUUCUUUUUCUGAAAAACACUACUGAAAUUUUGCAAGAUUUUUUUAUCGGCUUUGUCUCCAACCAUGUAUUUUAAGAUUGAUUGGAAGUAACUUUUAAUUUAAUGAGAGUUGAUGUGUGUCAGUUUUUUCGAAUAUUUUCAGUUUUGAAUUAAACCGUGUGUAUGGAAACCUGCUGAUUUGUACAUGAUGAGGAUUUUUGAGGGACUGUGUUGGUGUGUAACGCAUAUAGUAUUAAUUUUUGUCAAGAUAUUUUAUACUUGUGCUUUGAGGUAGAUUUUUUUUUUUGGCUGCCUGACUUAUUUAUUUAAAGAUGAAGAUGUGAUAUUGGCAAUGAAAAGCAAAAUCAACUUUUUAUAUUGAUAAAUUUCAUUCAACUGUUGUCAACCAAUGUGACGAAUCUCUGUACUGAUAUUUGUAACCAAUAAGAUGGUAAACCCAGAAAA